AUGAUUCACACACUAGAACAACAGCAACCAUUGUGGACUCCGGGAACAGUUCAUGGUUAUCACGCAGUUACCUAUGGCUGGCUAGCUGGUGAACUUGUUCGUCGUACUGAUCCAAAGAAAAGAUCUCUGGGGCAAUUUAUUAAAGAUGAAAUUGCGAGUCGAACACAGAUCGAAUUCUACAUUGGUCUACCCCCCGAAAUACAAUAUCGCGUAUCGCCAGUUGUUCCCUAUCCAGAUGUCAAGAAAAUACUGAACGAAACGAUGCUAACUUUAUUCACUGUAUGGAACGAUCCUGGCAUUCAUCAAGCAGAAAUACCGGCUGCAAUUGGGAUAACAAAUGCUUGGUCGAUUGCACGACUCUACGCAUCAUUGAUUGGUGAUUUGGAUGACGGACCAGAACAACGAUUGUUAACCGACGAAAUACUGAAACGCGCAACCAUGUCAAACACACCCUUAAACGAGAUGGAUCUUGUACUACAGUAUCACUCGUCAUUUGGGAUGGGUUUCCAUCAAUUUGAUCAGGCUCUGCCAGCUUUUGCACCAGGGACAUUUGGUCAUCACGGAGCUGGUGGAAGCAUUGGUUUUGCGGCGCCAUCCAAGAACCUUUCUUUCAGCUAUGUUAUGAAUCAAAUUCAAACGGACACAAUAAUAAUCAUUGAUCCUCGUAUAAAACCUAUACUAACUCAGAUUGCAGCAAAGAUUAAUGCUAAGUUAUAAUGACAGCGUUCUUGUGCUUGAAAAUAAUGUAAAAUAGACAUAACGUAAUCUUUUCAAUACAGGAGAGACAUUUUUGCCAAAAGUAUUAAGCUAUUUGUUUUUUUUACUCUAGUUUUAUUGAACUGUUAAUCACAUAUACUGAACCGUAAUGCCUAGCAUACCGCCUUGCGACAGGUAAAAUAUUACGUAUUCCGAUUAACGUCAUCUAAUUGUAUUAUCAGAAACAUUGUUUAAAUUUGGUUUGUUUAGAAAAUGCCUUUGAUCUGUUACAGAAUCACAAGAGUGAUAAUACAUAUUCAGAAAAAAAUAAAAAUCAAGUUAAUUAUUUAUGUU